CGUUUGUGGCGUGUGCGGUGGAUAGGGCUCUGAUAUUCAUAAUUUUAGGGGAUUUGGAAUGGUUGUUCUCUUGGAGAUAGAGAUGUCUAGUGUGAUAAAGGGUUUCAUAUAGUUGUCGAGGGUUCUAUGCUUUUGGGGACAGUUUUGGAUUUGAAAGGUUAGGGUUGUAGAAUUUGAAUGGCGGGAAAGACGGAAUUAGGGUUUCCAAAGGCAAGUGCUUGUAGUUUAAGAGAGCAAUUAGCAAGAACGACGCUGCGUCAUGUGAGAUUGCAAGGGCACAUCUAUGUUGAGCUUAGGGAAGAUGGGAAGAGAUUCAUAUUCUUCUGCACAUUGUGUCUUGCUCCAUGUUAUAGUGAUUCAGUGUUGUUUGAUCAUUUGAAAGGUAAUCUCCACACUGAAAGAUAUGCUGCUACUAAAGCUACGCUGCUGAAACCGAAUCCGUGGCCAUUUAAUGAUGGUGUACUUUUCUUCCAUAGUUCGUCUGAGUCGGACCAGCAUUUGUCCACGUCAGAAUCUAGUCAUAUUAAGCCAUUGGAUAAUAAGAGGGAUGAUGAAAAUGAUCUUGCAAUUGUUCGUUAUGUUGAAAAUUUAAAUCCCAAUAUUGAUGGACAUAUUUCACCUGAUGGGUCUGGCUGUGAAAACAGUAUUGAUUCUUUAGGGGCUGACGUGGAUUGUGAUAAAAGUUCCUGUGAUGGGGGUUUGAAUGGUAAUAGAGAGAGUCAUGAUUUGCUGAUUCCAGGUGUUUUGUGUAAAGAUGAAAUCUCAGAUUUGGCAGUGAGGUUUAUGGGUGUUGGGCAAAUUGCUGCUAGGUUCUGUGAGAAGGAUGGAGUUUCAAAUGGAAUGAGAAGAAUUUGGUGCGAGUGGCUGGGCAAGAAGAAUUCCAGUUAUGAGGGCGCCCUUAUUAUUCCAGACCAUGACUUUGCAGUUUUGACAUUUCCUUAUAACUAUGACUUAGGAAGGAAGGGGUUAAUCAAUGAUGUGAGAUAUCUGCUUACAUCUAGUUCUCAUUCGGAUUUCGAGGGACAUGGAAGUGCUAGAAAGAAAAGGAAGUCGUUUUCUGAUCCAGAAGAUAUUAGCGAGUCUAUGAGCAAUCAAUACGAUUCUUCUGGGGAGGAAUCUCAGUCAUCAAACACUGCCAGUUCAAAAUUGCAGUUGGAUGAAUAUGAUGACCAGCUUCUGAGUUCAAAAGCUAUAUUGAGCAAAACUUUGAGGAGAGAGUUGAGGCGACAGCAGCGUGUAGCAGCUGAGAGAAUGUGUGACAUCUGCCAACACAAGAUGCUUCCAGGGAAAGAUGUGGCAACACUCUUGAACAGGAAAACUGGAAAACUUGUUUGCAGUAGUAGAAAUGUGAAUGGGGCAUUUCAUGUAUUUCAUAUUUCCUGCCUAAUACACUGGAUACUUCUCUGUGAGUUGGAAAUUCGUACAAAACUGUCAGUUGGUCCUAAAAAGAAACGGAGAUCUAGGAAAAAGAGUGGGGCUAAAUGCAAUGAAGUUGGAAAGAAUGGUGAGAUAAAAGCUACAAGAAAGCAAAUUUACUCAGUUUUCUGUCCAGAGUGCCAGGGCACAGGGGUAAAUAUCGAUGGAGAUGAACUGGAGAAACCAACUGUCCCUCUUUCUGAGAUGUUCAGAUAUAAAAUAAAAUCUAGUGAUGCCCGCAGAGCAUGGAUGAAAAGUCCUGAAGAGUUGCAGAAUUGUUCCACAGGAUUCCAUCUUCCUUCCCACUCUGAAGAAAUGUGUCAGGAAAAUGUGUUGCCACUGAAGUUGCUGCACUUCUAUCGUGCUGAUGAGUAGAGCUGGGCUACAGACUCACAGAAGUAACCUCUUUAAGAAAAAUAAGGAUAAAAGCAUAUAGAUCUUAGACAAAUCAAAUUUCAUUAACCGGUUGUAAUGUCAUGAUUCUCAUGAAAACCUAAUGGAUAGUCCUUGGUGUAGGAGUAGGUGCAUCAGAGAAAUUUGCCGUUGUGGAUUUCUUUGCCAUGAAACCAAUGUAUAUUCCUGUCAUCAGAAAGAGGUACAUAUGGUAGUGUAUAUUUCAGUUUAUCUUCGAUUGUAAAUGACUUGUUGGUUAAUGCCACGUUGACUCCUUUAUUUUGAACAAAUUAUUGUAUCUCAAGUUUAUUUUCUUUGUUGGUGCACCGGAUAUUUUAAAUUUAUCAGCCAAAGAUUCUUAUGUGAUGCUUAGAAGAUACUCUUCAUGUC